GGCACCCAGCGCCAUGGCAGAGCCUUCGCUGCCCCUCUCCUUCCUCUGCCUCCUCGCCUUGUCCUCCGCCUGCUACAUCCAGAACUGCCCCCGGGGGGGCAAGAGGGGCCUGGCUGACACGGCCCUGCGGCAGUGCAUGCCCUGCGGCCCCGGGAACAGAGGGAACUGCUUCGGGCCCGGGAUUUGCUGCGGUGCAGAGCUGGGCUGCUACCUGGGGACGGCGGAGACCCGGCGCUGCGCCCGGGAGGAUGCGCUGCCCUCGCCCUGCCAGCCCGCCGGGCAGCCCUGCGGGGCCGGGGGCACCUGCGCGGCCCCCGGCAUCUGCUGCACCCCCGAAACCUGCGCGAUGGACACCAGCUGCCUGGCCGAGGAGAGCCAGGAGGUGGCAGAGAAGAACCUGACGGUGCUGGACGGUUCGGCUGGAGAUCUGCUCCUCAAGCUGAUGCACUUGGCCAACCGGCAGCAGCAGCAGCAGCAGCAGCAGGGCAAGCACCCCCUCCUGUGAGCC